UCACACGCCUCGCAAACCCUAGAUACCUCCCGAACUCCUCUCGUCCACUCGCCGCGGGGUCUCUCAAGCGUUCUCUCCUCAAGCUCUUUCGCCAUGGCGGCGGAGACAGAGACCUUCGCAUUCCAGGCGGAGAUCAACCAGCUCCUCAGCCUCAUCAUCAACACCUUCUACUCCAACAAGGAGAUCUUCCUCCGCGAGCUUAUCAGCAACGCCUCCGAUGCUUUGGACAAGAUCCGGUUUGAGAGCCUCACGGACAAGAGCAAGCUCGAUGCCCAGCCGGAGCUCUUCAUCCACAUCAUCCCCGACAAGGCCUCCAGCACUCUUUCCAUCAUUGACAGCGGUAUUGGCAUGACCAAAUCUGAUCUGGUCAACAAUCUCGGUACCAUUGCCAGGUCCGGCACCAAGGAGUUCAUGGAGGCGCUCGCAGCCGGGGCCGAUGUCAGUAUGAUUGGCCAGUUCGGUGUGGGGUUCUACUCUGCGUACCUCGUGGCCGAGAAGGUGGUUGUGACUACGAAGCACAAUGAUGAUGAGCAAUACGUUUGGGAGUCGCAGGCCGGUGGGUCGUUCACCGUGACUAGGGAUACCUCUGGGGAGAAUCUCGGACGGGGCACCAAGAUCACGCUUUUCCUCAAGGAUGAUCAGUUGGAGUACCUUGAGGAGCGCCGCCUCAAAGAUCUGAUCAAGAAGCAUUCUGAGUUUAUCAGCUACCCCAUCUCCCUGUGGACUGAGAAGACAACUGAGAAGGAAAUUUCUGAUGAUGAGGAUGAGGAGGAGAAGAAAGAUGCUGAGGAAGGCAAGGUGGAAGAUGUUGAUGAAGAGAAAGAAGAGAAGGAAAGGAAGAAGAAGAAGAUCAAGGAGGUGUCCCAUGAGUGGUCUUUGGUCAACAAGCAAAAGCCAAUCUGGAUGAGGAAGGCUGAAGAGAUCACCAAGGAAGAGUAUGCUGCCUUCUAUAAGAGUCUAACAAAUGACUGGGAGGAGCAUUUGGCUGUCAAGCACUUCUCUGUGGAGGGCCAGCUGGAGUUCAAGGCCAUCCUUUUCAUGCCAAAAAGAGCUCCUUUUGAUCUUUUUGAUACCAGGAAGAAGCCUAACAACAUUAAGCUUUAUGUUCGUCGUGUCUUCAUCAUGGACAACUGUGAGGAACUGGUUCCUGAGUAUUUGAGUUUUGUUAAGGGAAUUGUGGACUCUGAGGAUCUUCCCCUGAACAUCUCUAGGGAGAUGCUCCAGCAGAACAAGAUCCUUAAAGUCAUCCGAAAGAACCUGGUCAAGAAGUGCAUCGAAUUGUUCUUUGAGAUUGCUGAAAACAAGGAAGACUACAACAAGUUCUACGAGGCAUUCUCUAAGAACCUCAAGCUCGGCAUACAUGAGGACUCUCAGAACAGAGCAAAGCUUGCAGAAUUGCUGAGGUACCACUCUACCAAGAGUGGUGACGAGAUGACCAGCCUUAAGGACUAUGUUACAAGGAUGAAGGAGGGCCAGAAUGAAAUUUACUACAUUAGUGGUGAGAGCAAAAAGGCUGUGGAGAACUCCCCGUUCCUGGAGAGGCUGAAGAAGAAGGGCUAUGAGGUUCUUUUCAUGAUAGAUGCAAUCGAUGAGUAUGCUGUGGGUCAGCUUAAGGAGUUUGAGGGGAAAAAGUUGGUGUCUGCAACGAAGGAGGGAUUGAAGCUUGAUGAGAGUGAGGAUGAAAAGAAGAAGAAGGAAGCCCUCAAAGAGAAAUUUGAGGGCUUGUGCAAAGUCAUCAAGGAAGUGCUGGGUGACAAGGUGGAGAAGGUUGUGGUGUCUGAUCGUGUGGUUGAUUCUCCCUGUUGUCUGGUCACUGGUGAGUAUGGUUGGACUGCCAACAUGGAGAGGAUCAUGAAGGCACAAGCCCUGAGGGACUCGAGCAUGGCUGGCUACAUGUCCAGCAAGAAGACAAUGGAGAUUAACCCAGAGAACCCUAUCAUGGAUGAGUUGAGGAAGCGGGCAGAUGCAGACAAGAAUGACAAAUCUGUGAAGGACCUUGUGCUGCUGCUAUUUGAGACUGCUCUUCUCACCUCUGGCUUCAGCCUUGAGGACCCGAACACCUUUGGCAACAGGAUUCACCGCAUGCUGAAAUUGGGUCUUAGCAUUGAUGAGGACGAGACAGUGGAUGCAGAUACUGACAUGCCUUCUCUGGAGGAUGCUGAUGCAGAGGGCAGCAAGAUGGAGGAGGUUGACUAACCUAAAUUUAGACGAUAUGCCCUGGUAUUUCCUAGGAAGUUAAAAAAAUUCGGUCAGCUCAUAUAGAGCUUGACAAUUUUGUGGUGUGUUUCACCUUUUAUUUUGCUAUGUUCUGUGGCCUUCUUCAUUAGCUACCGCUGGAGGUCUUUAUAUUUUUAUUUUUGCAUACAUAGAUCUUUGUGAUGUUCCAGUGUUCCAAAAUUCCAAAUGUUAUUAAUUUAGCUGUUUUCUAUUCUGCUUG